AUGCGCCGGAAGGCACGUAGUUUGCAGAAGCUGUUUGCUGUGGAAGAGGAUUUUGAAGAUGAGGAUUUCUUGUCUGCUGUGGAAGAUGCAGAGAACCAAUUUGCUGGCGCACAGCUGGUGAAUGCUGGAAGCCUGAGACCUAUCUCCUCCAAGCCACAGGCCACAGUGCAGGUGCAGCCCUCUGGGUCACCACUGUCACAGCCCCCAGCUCCUUCUGAACCUUCUGGUCUGGGACUGUGCCUGCCUACCUCCAGCAUAUCUGGGGCCGUCAGGGGCCUCCCGACCACAAGAACUACCCCCUUAAGGCCUGUCUCGACUUCUAACAGCAGCUGGACUGAAAAUCAGAGAAGAGGGACGCUGACAGAAGGGUCCAGAGAGCCAGCAAGGCCCCAGUCCUCAGCUCCCUGCCCCUUGCCCACCAUGAGGCAUGCACAGCGCGUGGUUGGUGGCCUUGAGGGCCCUGAGCAAGAUGAAUUUGAUAAGGUCCUGGCAAGCAUGGAGCUAGAGGAGCCUGGUCUGGAGCUGGAAGUCGAAAUUAGCAAUGAAGACAAAGGAACGCUGCCCACCUGGCAGAGAGAGGACAAGGUAUUCACCAAAAAGGCCCGGAGAACUGAGCUGAGUGUAUCUUGCUCAAAAGGGCAUCUGCAUGCCACACCUGGUGGGCAGCCUCUAAAUCCAGUUGUCCACCGCAGAACUCCACAGUGCCAUUUGAGACCUGGCGCCCCAGAUAACCUACCUGUCCCAGCUGCAUCAACAGUCCUCACUCAGCAGUGCCACCGGGGAGUCUGUGCCCAAGGCCCCCCUCUUCAAGCACCCCAGCCUCUCCGAACUGCUGGAGGUCUUGUUCAGUGUAGCCCUCAGAACCCUCUCUCCCGCCAGCCACUGCGGUCUCCGGGUGCCUGGUUAAGUGGCAAACCUCGAUUUCCGGGACCACGAACUCCCAGCUCAGGCUGUUCUCUUUCAAGCGUUCACUUGGGAUUCUGUCCACGAGGGCAUCUGGAACCCCAAGCUCCAGUGACUUCUUUAGAGUCACCUGUUGGUACCCCAAAGGGCCCGCAUUCCUCCCUGGCUCCCCAAACAGCUCUGCAGACACCCAUCGUCACCAACCACCUGGUACAGCUGGUCAGUGCUGCCAACCGACCGCCUCAGUUGCCCACCCACACCACCACCCGAACCAAGACCCGCCGCUUCCCUGGCCCAGCAGGACUCCUGCCACACCAGCAAAGUGGAAAAAAUCUGGAGGAGAUCAUGGUUUCCAUGCCCCAAACUCCAACUCAUGGUGCGCUGGCUAAAUUCCCAACAGAGAUUGUCGCUAGUUCCCAGACAUCGGUAGAGGAGGAUUUUGGGCGAGGACCCUGGCUGAGCAUGAAAUCGUCUCUGGGCUUGGAUGAGAGAGACCCCAGCUGUUUCCUCUGUACAUGCAGUAUCAUCAUGGUGUUGCGGAAGGCUGCCCUAAAGCAGUUGCCCAGGAACAAGGUCCCCAACAUGGCGGUGAUGAUCAAGUCCCUGACUCGGAGUGCAAUGGACGCCAGCGUGGUUUUCAGGGACCCCACAGGGGAGAUGCAGGGCACGGUGCACAGGGCGCUGCUGGAGACCCGCCCAAAUGAGCUGAAGCCAGGCUCAGUGCUGCUGCUGAAGCAGAUUGGAGUCUUUUCCCCUUCACUCCGGAAUCACUACCUCAAUGUGACACCCAGCAACCUGGUCCAUAUUUACAGCUCCGAUUCUGCGGACACGAACCUCAGGCCAUCUCAGCCCUUCCCCCAGGAUUUAGGAAGCUUCCAUGGCAGCCCCCAGCAUGAUGUGGAUGCCAAGUCUGAGGUGGGCCUUAGACCACCACAGAACCCGGAGGUCGGGACACCCCUCGAGGAAGAGCUCUCGGGAGCAGAUGACCUGGAUGGACUUCUGAGUGAGCUCCCUGAGGACUUCUUCUCUGGGACCAGUAGUUGGGACUGCCCCAAGGCAGGGCACCCGCCUUGA